GAGCCAAUCAGCGCCUUCCAACGAGCAGCCGCUCGGCCAAUCGCGCGGCUCCACGACGGGGAAGAAGUGACGGCUUAUAAAUGGAGAGAGCGGCCGAUCAUAGAGCAUCACUUCACAGAGAACAGAGUACAGACACACAGAGAGGAGAAGACACGCUUUGCAACGAGAGAACACACGUAGAGGCAGCGUCAGGGCCGAGGAUUCACUCAUAAUACUGCGGUUCAAGUUUCUCUGUAGAUCCGAGCCUUAAAAGAAGCGGAGAUGAAGCUGCUGUGGGUCGUAAUGCUGGUGACCGGCACUGUGUUUGCCGAUGACGACGACAAGAAGGAGAAUGUGGGGACCGUGGUUGGAAUCGACCUGGGCACGACCUACUCAUGUGUCGGGGUGUUCAAGAAUGGUCGCGUGGAGAUCAUUGCCAACGACCAGGGUAACCGCAUCACCCCAUCAUACGUGGCCUUCACCAGUGAGGGCGAGCGUCUGAUCGGUGAUGCCGCUAAGAACCAGCUGACCUCUAACCCCGAGAACACGGUUUUCGAUGCCAAGAGAUUGAUUGGACGCACUUGGGGUGACUCCACUGUGCAGCAGGACAUCAAAUACCUGCCCUUCAAGGUCACUGAGAAGAAGACCAAGCCCCAUAUCCAGGUUGACAUUGGUGGUGGCCAGAUGAAGUCAUUUGCUCCUGAAGAGAUCUCUGCCAUGGUGCUGACUAAGAUGAAGGAGACUGCUGAGGCUUACCUGGGCAAGAAGGUCACACACGCUGUGGUCACUGUCCCUGCAUACUUCAAUGAUGCCCAGCGUCAGGCUACUAAGGAUGCUGGAACCAUCGCUGGUCUGAUCGUUAUGAGAAUCAUCAAUGAGCCAACUGCUGCUGCCAUUGCUUAUGGUCUGGACAAGAGAGAUGGCGAGAAGAACAUUCUUGUGUUCGAUCUGGGUGGCGGCACCUUCGAUGUCUCCCUCCUGACCAUCGACAAUGGUGUGUUUGAAGUGGUGGCCACCAACGGUGACACUCACCUGGGAGGUGAGGACUUCGACCAGCGCGUCAUGGAGCACUUCAUCAAGCUGUACAAGAAGAAAACUGGCAAAGAUGUGCGCAAAGACAACCGUGCUGUGCAGAAGCUGCGUCGUGAGGUUGAGAAGGCAAAGAGGGGGCUGUCCGCCCAGCACCAGGCCCGCAUUGAGAUCGAGUCCUUCUUUGAGGGAGAAGACUUCUCUGAGACUCUGACCCGUGCCAAGUUUGAAGAGCUGAACAUGGACCUGUUCCGUUCCACCAUGAAGCCUGUGCAGAAGGUGCUGGAAGAUUCCGACCUGAAGAAAUCUGACAUCGAUGAGAUUGUCCUGGUUGGAGGCUCCACCCGUAUCCCCAAAAUUCAGCAGCUGGUGAAGGAGUUCUUCAAUGGCAAGGAGCCAUCUAGGGGCAUCAACCCUGAUGAGGCUGUGGCAUAUGGAGCUGCUGUGCAGGCUGGAGUGCUCUCUGGAGAGGAGGACACUGGUGAUGUGGUUCUUCUGGAUGUGUGCCCACUGACUCUUGGUAUUGAGACAGUUGGAGGAGUCAUGACCAAACUGAUCCCCAGGAACACUGUGGUGCCCACCAAGAAAUCUCAGAUCUUCUCUACAGCCUCUGAUAACCAGCCCACUGUCACCAUUAAGGUCUAUGAAGGUGAGCGUCCUCUGACAAAAGACAACCAUCUGCUGGGAACCUUCGACCUGACAGGCAUCCCUCCUGCCCCUCGUGGCGUACCACAGAUUGAAGUCACUUUUGAAAUCGAUGUCAACGGCAUUCUGAGAGUCACCGCUGAAGACAAGGGCACAGGCAACAAGAACAAGAUCACAAUCACCAACGACCAGAACCGUCUGACACCUGAGGACAUUGAGCGCAUGGUGAACGAUGCCGAGCGCUUUGCCGAUGAGGACAAGAGGCUGAAGGAGAGGAUCGAUGCCCGCAACGAGCUGGAGAGCUACGCCUACUCUCUGAAGAACCAGAUCGGCGACAAGGAGAAGCUUGGCGGCAAGCUGUCUGAUGAUGAUAAGGAAGCCAUCGAGAAGGCAGUGGAGGAGAAGAUUGAGUGGAUGGAGUCACACCAAGAUGCUGAGCUGGAAGACUUCCAGGCCAAGAAGAAGGAGCUGGAGGAAGUGGUUCAACCCAUUAUCAGCAAGCUUUAUGGCAGUGCGGGCGGACCCCCACCUGAGGGCGCUGAGAGCGAGCAAGAUGAGAAAGAUGAGUUAUAGGCAGGUUUUGAAAUCAUCUGAGUCAUCUCUCCUGUCGCCCCUUCCCUCUCUGGUAGUGGCAUCUAGAUGUGUAUAUAUUGGACUGAUGGGACUCAAUUAGUGAGUGGAAUGGUUGGGAAGGGGUGGCGAUAACGAGCAACCAUACUGAAUCUUCAGAAAGACUUUUAAAAGGGUUUCAGUGUGCGAGAGGUGUUCUCUUCGCUGGAAGGCGGAGAUAUUCAUCAGCCCAAUAUGAGGCUUGCUGCUGCUGUUCUCAGGCAGUCCUAAUGGGGUACUCUUGUGGGGAGGGGCUUAGCGGGGUGGGCGGGCAGUUGUUUGUGGGUCCCUUGAGUAGAGUGUCUGUGGGAUCAAAGGCUCAUUGUGUUCACAGGCAAUUAUAAAAGUUAUUUAUUGAAUCUGGUCAUUGUACUUCGGGAAAGACAUUGAAAUAAAUGUUUGAUAUAUAAA